GAGAUAGAAUAGAAUUAGAAAAAAAAAAAUGGCGAUUCUAUCAGUAAGCGCUAGUCUGGUGAGAGCUGCUUUAGAUACGAAGCCUAAGCUCCUCCUCAGAUACAAUCCCAAUGCGCCGCGUAACGUCAACAGAAACCCUAAUUCUACCUCACCUCCACCGUCGUCGACAGUCUUAACAACAACGGGAAGAAGCGUCUCCUCCGUUUCUGAUUUGCUCAAACGUCCCCCAAGCAAAGAAGAGGUUGGUGAUGAUUAUGAGAAAUGGUUUCCAAGUCCACCGAAAGUGAAGAAGCCUAGAUCCGUCUUCAAUGCUGCCUCCCUUGCUUACAUUGGCGAUUCCAUCUACGAGAUAUAUGCUCGUCGCCAUUUUCUUUUCCCUCCACUUAGUAUCGAAGAAUACAACGACCGUGUUCGAGCAGUCGUCCGAUGUGAAGCACAAUAUGCUUUGCUUCACAAGCUCCUUGAUGAGGAUUUCUUAACUAAAGAUGAAAGAGAGAUACUUCGGUGGGGAAAAAACGUUGGCUCGGUUAAAACAAGGUCAACUAGGCGUGCUGGUGUUGCGGUCUAUAACAAGGCCUCAUCACUGGAAACACUUAUUGGCUAUUUGUAUCUAGCAAACGGCAAGAGAUUAGAAGAAAUAAUGCAGAAGCUGGGAUUCUCAAGUGGUUCUUCAACAGAGAUAAUGGUCAAGGAGGCCAAGCACAAACUAUCAGCUUUAAAAUAAAACUUUUAUACGUAUAUAGCUGUAUCGUUGAAAAUGUUCAAAAACAUUGAUUCGACUUCAUCAAAAACGUUACCGAGUUUUGGUGAUGUUUUGUUUUAACUUUUAACUAAGUCCUAAGAGAGAGUGUUUUGGUGAGAA